AUGGUUGCUUCAGAGGAGAUCAACUACAAGAGCCCUGAGAUCAAGGGCUACACCGUGGGAGUCGCGGUGAGUGAAGUGAGCACACGAUGAUCACCUGUGUUUGCCAUCCGUCGCCCUUGCUUUCUGUUGCUGCAGGUGGAUCCCGUCAAGAUUGACAGCCUUGCUGCCUUCGGCACUCCUGACUUCGUUGGCCAACGGAUCGUUGACGUACGUCAAAUACGCUUCGCAUAACAGGGGGCGCAAGCUUGAUGAAGCCAUCUGCAGAUGUCUGUCUGCUUGCACUGCUCUGUAGGUGGAGAAGAAGAAAGAUGGUGUGAUCGACGUCCAGCUGCUGAAGGCGGAAAGGUACACGAAUGGACGGACACCCAUGUGACCACACAGCAGAGGGGUGACCUAUAUGUCAGUGUGCUGUGGUGUGCUGUGCUGUGCUGUGUGUUGUCGGGAUGCAGUCUUGAGAGUGGUGGUCAGGUGUUCUACGAGGUUGAGUAUACGAGCGACACAACCCGGGGGUUCAACCACUUCAUCACACGAGUCAUCGUCGUCAACCAGUCAGACACACACAUACGCACGCACCAUUCCAUUCGAUGGCAAAGGAACACAUGACGAGUCUGUCUGGUGUGUGUGUGUGUGUGUGUGUGUGUCAUGCAGGCGGCUGUUUGCCUUCACUGCACAGUCCAAACAGAAGGACUUCGACAAAGUGAGUGUGCCGUGCCAGCAACCGAUCUCAUUGGCCCGCCAAUCCUGUCCAUCUGUCUGUCUGUGCGUGUUGUGUGCGUGAUUGUCAGGUUCGCGAUCAGAUGAAGGCCAUCGUGUCGACCUUUGUGGUGCCACCGGCACAGGAGAUCUCCUAGCUGCCUGCCUGGCUAGAUGACGAGGGUGGAAUGGCUGCUGCCUGCUUGGCCAGUGAAUGGGCGAGACGCUCAGUUGGCCGCUUCGCCAGCCGCGAUGUCAGUGAGCAUGGAGGCAGGUACCUACCCCUUUGCCUCACUGAAGCUGAGCCUGGUGAAGCUCUCUUGAGUGUCUGACUGUCUGUCUGUCUGCCUGUCUGACUGUCUGUCUGUCUGCCUGUCUGACUGUCUGUCUGCCUGUCUGACUGUCUGUCUGUCUGCCUGUCUGACUGUCUGUCUGUCUGCCUGUCUGCUGAGUGACUUGUGGACCUGUCUAUGUGUGUUGUGGAUAAUACUGUGC